AUGGCUGUACUCAAACUGACAGACCAGCCACCUCUGAUCCAGGGCAUCUUCAGCGGGGACCCUGAGGAGAUCCGGAUGCUCAUUUACAAGACUGAGGACGUCAACGCACUGGACUCAGAGAAACGCACACCGCUCCAUGCUGCUGCUUUUCUUGGUGAUGGAGAAAUCACAGAGAUCCUCAUUAGCUCCGGGGCCAGAGUCAAUGCCAAAGAUAACAUGUGGCUGACCCCGCUGCAUCGCGCCGUGGCGUCCUGCAGUGAGGCGACGGUAGGCCUGUUAAUCCGGCACUCUGCGGAUGUGAACGCUCGGGACAAAAACUGGCAAACGCCGCUGCACGUGGCGGCGGCCAAGAAUGCCCUGCGCUGCGCCGAGAUCAUCAUCCCGUUACUGAGCAGCGUUAACGUGUCGGACCGAGGCGGGCGCGCCGCUCUGCACCACGCUGCCCUCAAUGGUCACACAGAGAUGGUAAAGCUGUUGCUUUCCAAAGGUGCCAACAUCAAUGCAUUUGAUAAGAAAGACAGCAGAGCCUUGCAUUGGGCUGCCUUCAUGGGUCAUCUGGAUGUUGUGUGUUUGUUGGUGAAUCAGGGGGCAGACAUUAGCUGUAAAGACAAAAGGGGCUACACUCCGCUGCACGCUGCUGCCUCCAGUGGACAACUGUCUGUGGUCAAACACCUGCUCAACCUGGCUGUAGAAAUCGAUGAGGCCAAUGCGUUUGGGAACACGGCGCUCCACGUGGCAUGUUUUAACGGUCAGGACGCCGUGGUCACUGAGCUCAUAGACUAUGGAGGCAACGUGAGCCAGCCCAACAACAAAGGCUUCACACCGCUGCACUUCGCUGCUGCGUCCACACACGGCGCCAUCUGUCUGGAGUGCCUGGUCAACAACGGGGCCGAUGUCAAUGUUCAGAGCCGAGAUGGGAAAAGCCCCCUCCAUAUGACGGCUGUACACGGACGAUUCACCCGCUCACAGACCCUCAUUCAAAGUGGUGGGGAGAUUGACUGCGUGGACAAAGACGGUAACACACCUCUUCACAUCGCGGCCCGCUAUGGACACGAACUCCUGAUCAACACGCUGAUAACGAGCGGAGCCGACUGCACCAGGCGGGGAAUCUAUGGCAUGUUUCCUCUGCAUUUGGCCGCCCUGAACGCUCACUCAGACUGCUGCCGGAAACUUCUAUCCUCAGGUCGGAGGUUUAGCAUGUCGUGUAGCGCCUCAGUCUUGUCCGCAGGCUUCCAGAUCGACACGCCGGACACGCUGGGCAGGACGUGUCUGCACGCUGCUGCAGCCGGAGGGAAUGUGGAGUGUGUGAAGCUGCUUCUGAGCAGUGGUGGGGAGCACAACAGGAGGGAUAAUUGUGGAAGGACCCCGCUCCAUUAUGCAGCUGCCAGUCGGCAUUACCAGUGCCUGGAGACGCUGGUGGCCUGUGGCACGGCCAUCAACGCCACGGACCAGUGGGGCCGCUCUGCUCUGCACUACGCCGCCGCCUCCGAUCUCGACCGGAGGCGUCGAGUGGCUCUGGAGCCCGAGAGUGAAGGAGUCCAGGCAGAGAAGGAGAAGGAAGCAGCUCUAUGUUUGGAGUUCCUGCUGCAGAGCGGAGCCGCAGCGUCUCUCAAAGACAAACACGGCUACAGUCCAGUGCACUACGCUGCGGCGUACGGACACCGCCACUGCCUCAAACUGUUGCUGGAUAGAGACGACAGUCUACAAGAUCCUGAAUCUCCAAAUGCUAGGAGUCCUUUGCAUUUGGCUGCGUACCACGGCCAUGCCCAAGCGCUGGAUGUGCUGUUGCAGGGGGAGAGGGAGGUUGACCAGAAGGACGAGGAGGGCAGGACCCCUCUGGCUCUGGCUUCUCUCAGGGGCCACACAGAGUGUGUUCACACCCUCCUCCACAAGGGGGCAUCGUCACGCACAACAGACAGCCAGUAUGGACGCACCCCGGUCCACCUGGCAGUGAUGAAUGGCCAUACGAACUGUGUGCGCCUCCUGCUGGAGGAGUGUGACAGCGCAGAUCUCGUGGACGCUCCUGACAAUCAAGGACAGACUCCGCUCAUGUUGGCCGUAGCAGGAGGUCACGUUGAUGCUGUUUCUUUGCUGUUGGAGCGAGAUGCAAAGUUGAACUUGGCAGAUAACCACGGCCUUACAGCUCUUCAUUUAGGGCUGCUGUGUGGUCAGGAGGAGUGUGCCCAGUGCCUGCUGGAGCAGGAGGUCUCUGUCCUCGUGGGGGACUCCAAAGGACGCACAGCCAUCCACCUGGCUGCUGCCCGGGGCCACGCCUCUUGGCUCAGUGAGCUGCUGUGUAUGGCCUGUUCUGAGCCCUCCUCUCUGCCCCCUCUCAGAGACCACCACGGGUACACGCCCCUGCACUGGGCCUGCUACUACGGACAUGAAGGAUGUGUGGAGGUGCUUUUGGAGCAGAAAGGAUGUCGUUGCAUCGAUGGGAAUCCGUUUACACCUUUGCACUGCGCUGUAGCCAAUGACCAUGAGUCUUGUGCGUCGCUGUUGCUUGAAGCCCUGGGGUCGGACAUAGCGAGCUGUAGGGAUGCUAAAGACAGGACCCCUCUUCACGCUGCAGCCUUCUCCGGUCACACAGACUGCGUUCAGCUUCUGCUUUCUAAAGACGCACCCACGGAUGCGGUGGAUCAGUCCGGGCGCACGGCGGUGAUGAUGGCGGCCGAGAAGGGCAAAGUCCAGGCUCUGAAAGUGUUGUUGACCAGCGCAGAUCUCACGCUCUCAGACACAGAUGGAAACACUGCUCUGCAUCUGGCCUGUAGUAGUGGGAAGGAAGAUUGUGUUAUGUCGAUAUUAGAAAAACUCUCUGAUUCUGCACUUAUCAAUGCAACAAACGCUGCGCUGCAAACUCCUCUGCACCUGGCCGCUCGGAGUGGCCUGAAGCGGGCGGUUCAGGAGCUGCUGUCCAGAGGGGCUAAUGUACAGACCGUGGAUGAGAACGGGUUGACUCCUGCUCUGGCUUGUGCUCCGAGCAGAGAGGUGGCUGAUUGUCUGGCUCUCAUUCUGGCUACCAUGAUGCCUUUCUGCUCCCCUUGCAGCUCCGGGGCCCCCUCCCCAGGUGCCCUCCUGAGACAGGCCCAUCCCGGAGCUAAAGUGCCCUGCUCCGCCCCUGCUGCUGCUGGUCCCAGAGGCCAGCGCAGCCCCAGGAACCCUUCAGGGCCGUCUAGCGAAGGAACCACUGAGAACGACUCGGAGGAUUCAGAAACCUUUUGA